ACUUCUAGUUAGUCUGUUUUGAUCACUUCUCGCUUUUCUCUCAUCUCCUAUUCAUUUGCCAUCGAAGUUUGCUGGUGAUAACAUUGCUUUAACUAAGUUUAAAUAUUCUUAGUAAUUCAUUUUUAAGUCAAGUGAUAGUAAAAAGGAAAAUGUCAAAGACUUCAGUGUGUAUUGUUGGAUCUGGUAACUGGGGCUCGGCCAUUGCCAAAAUUGUCGGAGUAAAUGCAAAGAGGUUGCCACAAUAUGAAGACCGCGUCACCAUGUACGUUUUUGAGGAGAUGAUCGAAGGCAAAAAACUCACCGAAAUCAUUAACACCACUCAUGAGAAUGUCAAGUAUUUGCCAGGACAUAAAUUACCAGAGAAUGUCGUUGCUGUUCCCGAUGUCGUCGAAGCGGCUAAAGAUGCUGACAUUCUCAUCUUUGUUAUUCCACAUCAAUUUAUUAAGGGCUUGGGAGCUCAAAUGGUUGGAAAGAUUAAGUCAUCAGCUAUUGGCUUGUCAUUGAUCAAAGGAUUUGAUGUUGCUGAAGGUGGUGGCAUUGAAUUGAUCUCACACAUCAUCACCAGGCAUCUUCAGAUUCCAUGUGCUGUCUUAAUGGGCGCUAACUUAGCCAAUGAAGUUGCCGAUGAAAAGUUCUGUGAAACCACAAUCGGUGUCAAGGAUCAAAAAAUGGCUCCAAUUCUUCGCGAUCUUUUCCAAACACCAAACUUCCGUGUUGUUGUUAGUGACGAUGUUGAUGCUGUUGAAAUUUGCGGUGCACUUAAAAACAUUGUCGCUUGUGGUGCCGGAUUUGUUGAUGGGCUUGGACUUGGAGACAACACUAAAGCAGCCGUCAUUCGAUUGGGUCUUAUGGAGAUGAUUAAGUUUGUUGAUGUCUUCUAUCCGGGAAGUAAACUUUCGACAUUCUUUGAAAGUUGUGGAGUUGCUGAUUUGAUCACAACUUGCUAUGGCGGUCGUAACCGUAAAUGUAGUGAAGCUUUCGUUAAGACUGGAAAAAGCAUCUCUGAGCUUGAAAAGGAAAUGUUGAACGGACAAAAGUUGCAGGGACCCAUCACUGCUGAAGAAGUCAAUCACAUGUUAAAGACAAAGAACAUGGAAGAGAAAUUCCCUCUCUUCACUGCAAUUCAUCGCAUCUGCACUGGGCAAAUCAAACCAACACAAUUAAUUGACUGCAUUCGUAACCAUCCUGAACACAUGAAUCGUCGUUUAAGCGACAAGAUAACCACAAGGAUGCCUAGUUCAGAUCCGCUGCCACCGAAAGAGAAUGCAAUUUUCAGGAAAAUUCUGAAAUGUUACGAAAUGAAACAGUACAAGAAUGGUCUGAAAUUGGCAAAACAAAUACUUUCAAAUCCCAAGUACACUGAACAUGGUGAGACACUUGCAAUGAAAGGAUUAACUUUGAACUGUCUUGGAAGAAAAGAUGAGGCUUACGAUCAUGUUCGUCGCGGUCUCAGAAAUGAUCUCAAAUCUCAUGUAUGCUGGCAUGUUUACGGAUUACUACAGCGAUCUGAUAAAAAAUAUGACGAGGCCAUUAAGUGUUAUCGUAAUGCAUUGAAAUGGGAGAAAGAUAACAUUCAGAUUCUAAGAGAUCUGUCGCUUUUGCAGAUUCAAAUGGGUGACCUUGAAGGAUAUCGGGAAACUCGACAUCAACUCUUUAAACUUCGUCCAUCGCAACAUGCAUCGUGGAUAGGAUUCGCUAUGAGUUAUCAUCUUCUCAACGAUUUCGAGACAGCCAACAGCAUCCUUGAAACAUUCAGAACAUCACAAACCGUAGAGAAUUAUGACUACAAACAUAGUGAGUUUCUUUUGUAUCAAAAUCAAGUGCUUCAAGAGUCAGGUGAUUUAGAGAAAGCACUGAAACAUCUUGAAGAACACCAAACGCAGAUUCUUGACAAAUCAGUUGUGAAAGAAACGCACGGUGAGCUGUGCCUUAAGAUGAAGCGUUUUGAUGCGGCUGUGCCAUUAUUUAUGGAUCUCAUUCGUCGCAAUCCAGACAACUCAAAAUAUUUCCAUAAAUAUUUGGAAGCACGUCAGCUCACCGAUUCUGCUCAAAUUAUUCAAUUCUAUAAAGAAAUUGCGGCUGAAUUUCCAUCUUCAUUGUGUGUACAAAGAUUACCGUUGGAUAUUGCACAAGGCAAUGCUUUUGAAGGAUUAAUGAAUGAAUAUCUGAAGAAGAAUCUUCGUAAAGGUGUUCCGCCUUUGUUCGCUAACGUUCGUUCAUUGUAUGUCGAUCAAUCAAAAGUCGCAAUUAUUGAGAGACUCUUACUGGAUUAUUUGGCAAAUCUUCCAUCGAUUGGAUAUUUCACCAAAGCAGAUCAAGAAGCUGGUAUGGCACGUGAGCCAGCAUCAGCUCUUCUAUGGACUUACUACUUCCUUGCCCAGCAUUACGAUUAUCAACGAAAUAGUUUGAAAUCCUUAGAAUUUGUUAAUUUGGCAAUUGAGCAUACGCCGACAUUAAUCGAGCUUUUCGUUGCGAAAGGAAAAAUUUAUAAACAUAGCGGCGAUCCCAUUGAAGCAUAUCGACAACUUGAUGAAGCUCAAUCGCUUGACACUGCUGAUCGUUAUAUUAACUCAAAAUGCGCUAAAUAUAUGUUGAGAGCAAAUAAAAUCAAGGAUGCUGAAGAGAUGUGUUCAAAAUUUACACGCGAAGGUGUAUCAGCAAUGGAGAAUUUAAAUGAAAUGCAAUGUAUGUGGUUCCAGACUGAAUGUGCACUCGCUUAUCAACGAAUGGGACAAUGGGGUGAUGCAUUAAAGAAAUGUCAUGAAAUUGAUCGUCAUUUCGCAGAGAUUAUUGAAGAUCAAUUUGACUUCCAUACAUAUUGUAUGAGAAAAAUGACAUUAAGAUCAUAUGUUGAUCUUUUGCGUUUAGAAAAUCGUCUCAGGGAUCAUCCGUUUUAUUUCAGAGCUGCCAAGUGUGCGAUAGAGGUUUAUCUUAAACUUUUCGACGAUCCAUUACAAGCUGAUUCUUUGACUGAAGAAGCUGACAUUGAAAACUUAUCACCCGCUGAACUUAAGAAAUUACGUAAUAAACAACGAAAAGCAAAGAAAAAGGCAGAAUUAGAAAAUGCUCAAGCAGCAAAAGCUGAAAAGAAGAAAGAGCAAUACAAUAAAUCAAGACAACAGCAAAAUCAAGAUGGAGAUCCAGAAGCGCCAGUAUUGGAUGAAUUGAUUCCAGAAAAGCUUGCAAGAGCUGAAGAUCCACUUGGGAAGGCAAUUGAAUUCCUUAAGCCACUUCAACUUCUUUCUCGUGGAUUAAUUGAAACACAUUUGCUGACAUUUGAGAUUUAUUAUCGAAAGAACAAAUUGUUAAUCAUGCUCCAAGCACUUAAACGUGCCUAUGCUAUCGAUUCAAAUAACGCGACACUUCAUGGUUGCAUCGUACGAUUCAUUAAACUGCUAGGAAAAUGUUUGGCUGGUGCCAAUGAAUAUGUUCGAAUUGUCAUUCAACGUGAAAUUGAGACAGAUUUGCCAAUUAUUGGAAAGUCGAAUAAGAUUGUGAAUGAAGAAUUUAUAGCAAGAAACAAAGACUCGGCUGAGGCUCUCAUUGCUGGUGCUCGUGUUUAUUAUGAUGAUUCAUCUGACAACAAAACCAAAGCAAUUGAACUUUUAAUGUCAUCUACACAUUUAAAAUCAUUUACAUUGUCGCAUGCUCAACUCAUUUACAGUCUGUUAAAGAAUGGCGCUUUCGGAAAUAACGAGUCAGAUACCGAAAAGUUCCUUGAACGUUGUCGCGAAUUGUAUCCAAUUGCAAUUGAUUUUAAGCCCUUUACAAAUGAUUCGACGCCGGAUAAGAUUGAAACAAAUGACGAAAAUGCUUAAACAAGAAACGGAACACAAGGAAAAUAAUAAAUUUAGGAAAGUUGUUUAAAACGUGUGUAGUUGAAAAAAGGGUGAAAAUUUUUCUUCAUAAUCUUUCUUUUCCAUCCAUUUUCAUGAAAUUUCUUUUUAAAACAAAUUGCAACUUAAACUCGAGUGUUUCGUUGGCGAUUUAAAUGAUGAAGUUUGUUGUAACUGAAACUUGUAGAAUAAUCAAAAAUGAAGAAUGAUAAAGGAAAAAAGAAAACAAUCUGCUUCGACAGAUUCAAUUUCAAGAAAUUUCUUUUUUUUUACUGUAAGAUGGCAGCAGGAG